GUAAGCAGAAACCAUUCGAAUUCAUCAAGUGCUUCAUGGACAUUAAAUAAAAGUGCUGAGAAAAGGACGAUUUGUUUGGCUAGAAUAUUGUGUUGAAACUGAAUCACAACGUCUUUGCGAUGCAAAAUACAAAGCUUUGGCUAAAGACACUGUGUGUGGUAUUCGCUGUCUACAUGUUGUUUCAACUUCAAUAUGGGGACCUGGGCCCGGGUUUUUAUGAAGGAAGACGGAGCAGUUCAUGCAAUGUGUUGCAGAGGGAGUACUUAAUGCCAGAUGUCAAAGAGCGCUUCCGAAGGCGCCGGGAAAGGAUGCUCAAGGUCUGCCAAGAGGUAGAGAACAAGGAGGACAUAGACCGGAGCAUCAAAACACGUAUUAUAUACUUCUGGAAAUACAACGUUAGCGUCUGCACCAUGACAAAGGUUGGGUCAACUAACUGGCGUACCCAUGCACAAAAAAUCAAUGAGGUAAAGGGACAGCCCAUGACUGAGGGCAGACGCACUCACCUGAUCAACAGAGCUUUGGAUAAGGCUGUCAGUUACACCAAAUCUACAUCCAGAUGGAUUUCUGUUAGGCAUCCUUUAACCCGCCUUGUGUCGUGUUAUCAGGACAAAUACCGAAAUGGAUCGAGCUCUUCGGAAUGGAAAAAAAAUAACUUGGAGGAGUUCUUGUUCCCAGCACUUCUGAGCAACGGUUUAGUUUACAAGUCUCAAGAAUCCAGCAGAUGGAGAAAGUAUCUGGCAAAGACGGGUACGUCAGUAAAGAACCUCGAUCCCAAGGACGAACGAUUGCGCUCGAGUGUAACCUUCACGGAAUUUUUGAGACACGUUGUUCACACGUUCGAAGCAGAAGAGAUUGAUAAGCACUGGAAAACGUACGGUCUUCUCUGUUCGCCGUGCUUCUUUGAAUACGAUUACAUAGCCAAGAUAGAGACGCAUUCCCAGGACUUGAAAUAUAUGUUUGAGAAAUUCCGCAUCCCUUCCAACCCACAACAGACUGUGAAAACCAGAGAAAACGUCUUAGUGAAAGUUAGAAAGGAUUCCAGGUACUACAACACUGUGCCGCUGGAGCUGAAGGAGAAAAUAUAUAAUAUCUACCAAACAGACAUGGAAAUGUUUGACUAUAACCUGCCUGAAGACUACUGGAAUACGCCAUGAUAUGUGUCAAACUUUGAAUUAACUGCCUUAGUUAUUAAGUCUUCUGUGAACUUACUUUUGCCAGAUGUAUUUCCAGGAACUGCAAUGGGUAUAUGUUUUGGUCUGAAUAUCAAACAGCCUCAGCAAAAGGCUUGGGAAAGUUACUGAGAGAUUAUUGAUAUUUGAUUACUGAUGGGCGUGCAUAGUGAUGGUCAGCAAGAGGCAGGGGGCCAAUUCCCUUCCCCUAACUAUUCCUAAAAUUGUUUCUGUAGAAAACUAAAUCAACAAUGUGGCAAAAAAACCUCCCCGAAUCUUUAAAGCAAACAAUAAUUUAAUAGAAUUAUGGUUUGUUUAGGCAAAAAUCAAAAUCAAAUAGAAAGUAAAGAGAAAUUAUAAUAUUUAUUUUGACUACCCUUCUCCCCCAUGCCACCCGUCAGACCUUUUGCUCCAACUUUAUCCCUCCACGUGAUAUUUGCUAAAGCUAUCAAUCCGAGUGGUUAUAGUACAGUACCUUUAACGACACCUACAGAAACGGACACAAAAGUGAAAUACGGUCUAAGACAAUCGUGUAUCUAAGACCCGUAAGCUUUUUUUAAGGAUCAGGUCUUUGCGCUGGGGGAAUGCAGUGAUUACAUUUGAGAAUCCUUGGUAAAAAAAAAAAAAGGCUAAGCAUAUUUUGAACCUGAUAACCUGAUAAUCACAUGAUGAAAUAUAUUUUAAAUUCUAUUAAGGAUGAAGUUCCCACUAAGAUUUUGUGCACACGGAUUUCCAAUAAAUACCAAACAGCAUUUACACUCAGUUGAAGUAAGGGCUUAGGAGCGAAAUUUUGUAAGCGUAGUUGGGUGUCUUGACUGCUUUGACUGGCUGGUGUGCAGUUAAGACGAUCCGGUCAGUCGAGCACGCGUUUUUCUGAAUUGAUAACUUCACGAAUACAU